GUUCUUAAACCUUCAGAUCUAAGAAAGUCCAAAAUUUGAUCCUUCUAAUUUUCAUUCAAUCAACAUCACGCAACUUAACACUAUUAAAAUUUCCAACUGAAGUAACGAGCCGGUUUAGAUUCUCAUAAAACUCAGCUUUUGUCAACAAGAGAUCUAUCUUUCUCUCCAAUAUGCCCGAACAACUCGGAAAAAAGACACCCCCUCGACCAUCGCAAAAAUUUAAACAGUUCUCAAGCCGGCUUUCACAUUCUCUAUACCUACUACACUGUGAGGCGAAUACGGUUCCUUCUCGGAGUCGCUUUCUUGACCAAAGAAAAGGUCUACUAGCCAAAGCCAAGGAAGCUCACGGUAGCAAAACUAAAAGAAGACCAGCUUUUAGAAGAAAACUCCAAAGUGGAGUUAUACUAUGCCCAAUCCGUCUGGCAAAUAAUAAAAGUUUGCUAUUAACAGCCAAUCGACCAACCGAGACUCGAACAAAAGCUCCCGUGAUCAUAAACUUAGUGUCAGAAGAUGAGGGUAUAGAAAAUGAGGAAACAGAGAGCGAGGAUUACGAAAGUGGAAAUGAGAAUAGGAGCGAAGAUGAUACUGAAGAAGAUGAUGAAAGCGCCAUGCCAGUUUCAAAAGACGCACAGAAGACCUGGGUAGUUAAAAAUGUCGCAGGAAAUUCGAGUAAGACACAUACGCAUAAACGUAGUAGCAAAGUUGUAGAUGGUGAAGCAAAAGAAGAAUGUUGCUGUGUUUCAUUUAGGAAACGCACAGCAAAAUUCAAGAGUUUGCCGCUCAACAAGGGCAUCCCUGAAGGGUUCACAGGCAGUACCACUGCUUUCAGAGACGAAAAAGAUCAAUACAGUGAAUAUAACCAAGGUAGUGAAGACAGCGAAGAAUAUGACGAGGGCGACGAGAGCGAUGAAGAAAUAGGUACUCAUUUUUUGCCUUCAACAUAUACAGGGAACUCAUUGAAUCUUCCGAUCGCUAAGGGCACGGUCUCUGGACCCAGGCGUGACAAAGGGCUUGCGUUGGCACUUCAUCGGCUAGAAGAACGCGCUGUUUUUACUUCACAAAAUUCGAAACAAACACCACAUAUCACAACUUAUCAUGGUAAUGUGACCCAGGUAGAUCAGAGAUCUAUUCGCGGAAAAAAGCUUAUGCCAGAGAAUCAGAAGGAAAACGGAAAGUUUAUCUCAUCGGAAAUUUCAACACUCAAGAUAAAGGGCCUCUCACGCGGCAGAGGCAUGACGAAUCUGGGAGUCAAGCGCGGAAGAAACGGCAUGCGGAAAAUACAAAGAGAUGAGGGAGACAUUGGAACCGAAGAAGAGAAUAAAGAAGAGUCUACAGUCCUUCCUGCACAUUCAGAUUCAAUUCCUCCGAAGAACAUGUCAUCAGCAAAGGCUAGCAAGGCUCUAGAGAACAAACAAAAGUUGAACGCUGUGUCAAGAACUACAAAAAAACAGGAGAAUAAGGUACAACCAAAGUCAUUUUCCACUCCAUCUCCGCUCUUACCAGAUGGAUCAGUAUCGAAGCGUCAAAAGACAGCGGCGGUCAAGUCGCAGAACAAAGUGAAUAAGGAUAUCGACGGAGCGCUACAGGUUGGGUACAUGUAUCGACCCAUUCCAGAGAGAGUUAUAAAUCAUAGCUCGCCCAGGGAAACUUCCAAAGCCAUAUCAGCAAAGUGUUUCGCCGAUCUUCCAGGCUUGGUAAUUCGUCAAAUCGUAGAUACCCUUUGUGAACAGGAUGAUGGAAAGCUCAUUUCUUCAAUAUGCUUCGGACUCACCUGUAAGCUUCAUUGGGCUUUUUUUAAGGCCCGGUGGUAUCCGCCUGGUUGUGAUGCAAUCUACGAAGGCUAUCUACCAAAAGAAGACCAAGCACUUCUCGCACCUUUGCUUCAGAAUUGGGUUCCAGAAAGUUAUCGAAAGAUGUUAGGGAAUGGUGGUAAAGGUGGUCCAAGCUUGACUCCCAUGUUCUUGUCGAAGAUUCAAUACGGGGAGGGGUAUACGAGAGAAGAGGAACGAUUAGAGAAAAGAUACGUAGCCUCUCUCUCCAUUCUUGAUGCUACGAAUCUAGAUGGUAUGCAGCUAAAGUCCAGCCGUGGCUUACAUGCUAUGAUAGAUAACACGAUUGAUUUGCCAAGCCCGCAUGGAAUGGGUCAUUCUUGGUACGAUGCUAGUGCCUCUGAAUACUUAUUCCUGGUUGAGGAAUGGGAGUAUUCAACACUCAAUGGUGAUGGUCCUGGAUUCAAAACCAUUUGUGAGUCGUGGCAUACUUUUCAAAAUACUUGUUUGUGGGAAUGGGUCAACGGGAAGGAUUUCAAUCAGUUUCAGGAAGAUUGGAUGGAUGACGAGGGGAUGAAAGGAAGGCAAGAGGUCAAGCAGACUUUGCUCGCGUUUGACGAGAAGGUGAAACAGUUUGAGAGUAUUAAUCGUGAUUUGGAAGAUACGAUUGUCGCUGGUACUAUUGAUGAAAUGGUAACGGAGGAUACUAUCUAGGUAUUAUGAAAGCCGCAUUAGACAAGUCAGUUUGAUACACGGAUAAGCUUUUAAUUAAGCUUCAAUAUUAUGUCAUCUUUCUA